UUGUCGAUUCAAAUGCGCAAAGGCAGGUCCAGAGCUGCAGAUGGCCGUCAUAUUAACAACCUCAUGCUCCUGGACCGAGACGAGGUGCAACGGCUCAUUAUGAGCCAAGACGCAACUCGGUUUAUGCAACCUCUUCGAGGCACCCCGGCUUAUUGGACAAAAACGCUCAAAGAUGUCCACGCCAUGGUCCGGCAAAUUGGCAAACCCACGUUUUUUGCAACGUUCUCCGCUGCCGAGAUGAGAUGGCCUGAGGUCAUAGAGGUCAUAAAAGCUCAGCAGGGAGAACUAGGGGACUUUUCAGAGCUCGACUGGAAAGCGAAAUGCGACAUUCUGCGGAGCAACCCCGUAACGGUGAUGCGCAUGUUUGAAAAGCGAGUCGAUGCUCUGAUGACCAACCUUAUCCUCUCACCAGCACAGCCCAUUGGUGAAGUAGAGGAUUACUUUUAUAGGGUUGAGUUCCAAGCUAGAGGAAGUCCCCAUAUACACAUGCUGAUCUGGAUAAAAAACUCACCCAAAUUUGACGACGCCUCUGACGACGAAGUAGCGGCGUUUAUAGAUCGCUACAUCUCGUGUGAGAUGCCUGACCCCGAGACAGACCUGGAGCUCCACGGAAUUGUCUCGGAGGUUCAGGUGCACAGCAGGAACCAUUCCAAGUCCUGCAAAAAAGGCAACGUUGCCUGUAGGUUUGGCUUCCCUAAACUGCCCGUGGAUGAAACUUUCAUCACUAGGCCCCCUGUUGUUCGCCCCUCUGGAGUUUUAGACGAAAACCAAGACGAGGCUGCUGCUAGAGAACGGAGGGAGAAGCGGGCAAUCGCUAAGAAGCGAAAGAAAGCCAAAGCCAAGCUUCAGCAAGUUAGAGACUUGCUCAUGGAUGCAGGCGCUUCAUUUAGCAGCUUGACGGAGUUGCUCGACCGAUGUGGUUUGACGCGUAAGCAGUACCGUAAGCUCUUCGACCGCGCCGCGAACAGCAACGUCGUGGUCCUGAAGCGGCAUCCGAAUGACUGCUGGGUUAAUCAGUACAACCCAGACCUGCUUCGUGCCUGGAACGCCAACAUGGACAUUCAGUACGUCGUGGAUGACUACAGCUGCAUCAUGUACAUGAUGUCCUAUGUGUCGAAGCCAGAGCAUGAGAUGACUCAAUUCCUUAAGAACGUCAUCAAAGAUGUAAAACAGUCCAACGUAAAUGAGCGUGACGAAAUGAAGCAGAUUAUGCAGGCCUAUGUUAAACAUAGAGAGGUCAGCGCUCAAGAGGCUGUUGCUCGCACCUGCAGCUUGCGUCUGAAGAGGUGCUCCCGCUCCGUUGUGUUCCUUCAGACCGACGAGGAGGGUCUGAAGAUGAGUCACCCUAUUGGCAGACUCAAGCAAAUGGAGCCGGGUUCGGAGGAGGUGUGGAUGUCGGGCCUGCCUGACAAAUACGCCUACAGGCCUGUCGAGCCGGAGUUCGAGCACAUGUGCAUGGCCGAGUUUGCGUCGGAGUACAGGGUGCUGUACGGGCAGCAAACUGAAAGUAGAAGCGGCAUCCCCCUCUUACACGACAUGGGCUUUGUUCAGAAGAGGACUGGGAAACCAGCAAUUAUUAGAUUUCCUCGCUUCUCAGAGCAGAAAACACCUGAGAAGUUCUAUAGAAGACUGCUCAAGCUUUAUCUCCCACACAGAUCCGAUGACGACCUGAGAGAUGAAGCACACCCGACCUACGAGCAGUUUUAUAAGUGUGGCCAAAAGUAUGGCGUGCGUGUCCGAGCCAUCGUAGACCGCAACAAACAACGCUAUGAAGGUCAAGGUCGGAAGCUUGACGAAGCGUUGGAACAGUAUCGGGUGCACGGCCCUAUAGUUAAUGAAUUGGACUGUUAUGCGCCUGAAGUAGAGGCAGACCGGUUAGAGUGUCUUGCAGAGCGAGAACCUGACGAUGAGCGUGAAGACCAAGAAGAAGUUCCUGAAUACGAAGUCAAGAAAGACGGGAGGAGCUCCAUGCCUAGGAUAGAAGCGCCGCAGUUGAGUCCAGACUUUGUGAGAAAAAUGUAUCAAAGUCUGAACGAAACGCAGGCUUCUAUCUUCUACAGCAUACGUCAGUGGUGCUUUGAACUUGUGUGGGGUCGUGACGUCGAGCCGUUUUAUUACUUUUUGACCGGGGGAGCUGGCUGUGGUAAAUCGCACGUAAUCAAGUGCGUUCACCAGGAGGCAACGAGGAUUCUGCGUGAGCUCCCCAGAUUCCGGGACCAUGCAGACAUGUCCCAGCCUGCGGUGCUGCUGACCGCCUUCACUGGCACAGCAGCCUUCAACAUCGCUGGCGUAACGUUGCACUCCGUCCUCAAACUGCCAAGAUCCUUGAAGCCACCGUAUCAAGGUCUUGGAAACGCCCUUGAUGAGGUCAGAGCGGCGCUGUCCAACGCGGAGAUUCUCAUCAUUGACGAGAUCUCCAUGGUUUCCAAAGAGCUGUUUGCCUACGUCAACUGGCGUUUUCAACAGAUCCGAGGAAACAAGAAGCCGUUCGGAGGAAUUUCUGUCCUUGCUGUAGGUGACUUUUAUCAGUUGCCGCCUCCCGGUAGAGCCAAGCCGCUGUGUGUGUACGAGGAGACGGAGUUUGAUCUCUGGAAGGAUCACUUCAAAAUGGUCGUCCUUACAGAGAUCAUGCGACAGAAGGACGAUCGGGCUUUUGCUGAGCUCUUGAACCGCCUGAGAGUGAAGCAAAAGCGCGAUCCUUUGAGCGACGAAGAUAGACGGUUGCUCACACAGGCAGUGGCCGACAUCAAGGAUUGUCCAGUAGAUAGGCUGCAUAUAUACGCCACCAACAAAGAAGUUGACCGUCACAACUCCGCCACUGUAGCCUCCCUCCACGAGGAUGCCAUUGACAUCGCAGCUCAGGAUUACCGUAAAAUGCCUACGACCGGCUGCAUGACGAUGGUGUUCGCCGUUAAAGGUAACCAGCGAGACUUGCCUGACAACAUAAUGGCUGCUCAAGGAGUACGUGUUAUGUUGACCAGGAAUCUCGACGUGGAGGACGGAAUUGUUAACGGAACAUUCGGAACCAUCUCGCACAUUGUGAUGACGGAGCGCGAGCCAAAAUAUGUAAAGUUGAUUGGACUCCAGCUGGACAAUCCCACAGCAGGACAGAGAUUCCGCAAAAAGAUCUUGGGUCCCUCAGACAAUCUGGCCUAUAUUGAAAGGUCUGAGGAGAACCUGAGCAGCAAAAAAGGCGUUGUUCGUCGCCAGUUCCCCAUGAAGUUGGCUUUUGCCUGUACGGCCCACAAAGUACAAGGCAUGACGAUGGCGUCGGCGGUUGUGUGCCUGAAACGCAUCUUCGAACCGGGCAUGGCUUAUGUAGCUCUAAGCCGCACAACUUCGCUGGGAGGUCUGACCGUCUGCGACUUCGACGAGAAGAAGAUCUACGCCGACCCCGAGAUCAAGAUGGCUAUGGAAAGUAUGCCUCGAGCGUCUUUCCAGAGCUGUAGACCGUUGUUGAGUUUUCUUCAAUCCGUGCAACAAACUCCAAAGGUUUUGACAAUUGUCCACCACAACACGCAGGGUCUGCCAUGUCACAUGGUGGACCUGAGAGCGCAUCACGAGCUCCAACGAGCGGAUGUGCUUUGCCUUACAGAGACACAUUUGUCGGGGUCUUCUGUAGCUGAAAUUUUUCAAUUGGAGGGGUAUGCCAUGUUCCCACGUAGCAGACAGCUGUCUUACAACAGCUGUGUGGACAUGGCUAAAAAAGAUGGAGGUGGAGUUGCAGUGUACUGCAGAGACUAUGUGCAAGCAGAGCCUCGCAGGUACAUGCAACAGGUCACGGAUUUGGAGUUUGUUGUUGUUAAAAUCAAGGCUCCGGUCAAAGUACUAUUGGCGACGGUUUACAAACCGCCAAAUUUUCAAUUAGGAAUCUUUCUCCAAAAUUUGAAAAACCUCUUGGACUCAUUGGCCAUUUUAAAUCACCAGCCCAUUGUUGUUUGUGGCGAUUUUAAUGAGGAUCUUCUUUCGAAAGGAAAAAAAAGCAUCAAAGACUUAUUUCAGUCCAGAGGUUACACUCAAUUAAUUAAAGAGUCCACCACCGAGAAGAACACGCUGAUUGACCACAUUUAUAUCUCACAUCCUGAUAAGUGUCUUCAAUCAGGUGUUCUCCAAACGUACUACAGUUACCACAGUCCGGUUUAUUGUAUUUUGACCGACUAAGCCUCUCUAGCCAACACAUGAUCCAUAGAAAAGUUCGAGUUUCUGUAUCCUGUAAGGUGUGUGUGUGUGUGUGUGUGUGUAAUGCAUAUGUAGUUUCUAGGCACUCCUUGAGCCUGGUCAAGGAGUAGUUUAUCGUCACUGUUAUUGUACUCUCUCUGUAAAGUGUUAAUUGACCUUAAAUAAUUUUUUUUUUUGUAAAAAAAAAACCCUUCACAUUGUUUCAUUUUGUCAUAACUUGUCUGCGUGGGCGUUUUUCUUAUUUAAUUGUUUUUCAUAUACGUGUUUCAGGUCACUCAUUCAGUUUGUUCAAUGAGUGCCCAGCUUUUCAAUUGUGUAGUUUUAAGUUAUUGUUAAGACUAAUCAUUGUAGUGGCAUGUGUUGGCUGGAAAUGGUUGAAUCUUAUGUAAAUGCAGUGUAAUUGUAUUUAUUUAUGUAAUAAAGGGCUCCGCAUUAUCUUGUCAUUUACUGAGCUGCUGAGAACGGCGGUCAAUUUAAAAUGUUAUGGAAUUGGCUUAGCUAAUGUAAUGUAAUGUAAUGUUAUGUAAUCUUGUAUUGUAAUGUUGCUUUAUGUAAAAUCAAGCUGAAUGUCAACAAGGUCCAUCACAAGGUAAGUAUCUCUCUUCCUUUGAAUUAUUCACUCGCGUUUGAGUAAUGUAACUAAAUCCCCCUCCCUUUCUCUUCUUCAGGCUCUCUACUGUCCAUGUUCAAAAGCAGGAGUAUCUCACAGCAGAGUGAGGAGGAAAUGAAGAGGACCACAGCUGAUCUCGUGCCAGAUGAAGACCUCCAGAAGACUAUAGCAGCUCACUCUCCAGUGAAGACAGCAACCCAGCAGAAGAACGAAGAACAAGACUCAGGAAGAAGACCUCCAGAAGAUCCCCCCCCCCUUUUAUCUUUAGUUUCCUGAUUGGUUCGGUUGUCUUGUCUGCUUCUUAGAUUAGUUCUCAUUGUAUUUAGUAGGGAGGAUACACACCAGGUCCUAGGGCCUGUGAUUAGUUGACCGGUAGUACCUAAUCUGCUUUUUGUUGCUACAGUAAUGCUUUUAUGCCUGAGGACUACAGUUGACUUGUUAACUUGAGUGCAGUCCUAAAGUUUCCAUCAAUGAAACUGUCUUCAUGUUAAACUGUUCAUGUUGUUGUUGCCCAAAUGAGGAUGGGUUCCCUUUUGAGUCUGGUUCCUCUCGAGGUUUCUUCCUCAUGUUGUUGUCUGAGGGAGUUUUUCCUUGCCACCGUCGCCACAGGCUUGCUCAUUGGGGAUAGAUUAGUGACAAAAUUAGCUCAUGUUUUAAGUUGUUCAAAUUCUGUAAAGCUGCUUUGCGACAAUGUUUGUUAAAAGCGUUAGACUUAUGUUGAUUUUUGCUGACUCAUCGGGUGUUUUUCAAUGCCUUGGUUGUUUGCUUGUGUUUUAUGGAAAAAUAAACCAAAUAUCUGCUGCAAAA